AUGGAAUCAACCAGAUACAACUUAGAAGAGAACACUCUAACUCCAAGAGAAUCAAAAUCUGACUAUGUAGAUUUGGAUGAGUGUACGUGUGCAUCAUGCAAUCAUUGGAAGCACUUACACAGGAGACAAUCACGAUUCUUACUCCUUGGAAUAAUCAUUCCAUUGAUUUGGCUAUACAAUAUCGCACAAAUUGUGUUUGGAUUGUAUUUCAAAAAUCAUAAUCCUAGGUCUAUCAGCCAAUUUGUACAAAUAGGUAAUAGAGAAGAAUCAUUAAUUAGCAAUGUGAAGUUAGACCAUGGAUAUAUUGACAAUCAUAUGAAAAUAAGAAAAGAAAUGUAUACUGGAAUAGGCCAUACUUUAUUGGCGAUUAUUAUUUAUGGAUUGCUUGUGUUUAUGGCGGUUGCUUGUAGUGCCGAUUAUAUUAGAGUGGGAGAAUACUAUGGCCAAUAA